AGCCUGGACGGAGGUAAAGACAGAGAUCAGAGGACAGCAAGAGAGGACACAGCAUCUCAGUCAGCAGGCAGCAUCUUCACUCGGAUCGUUGUUUUGUAAAUUAGUGCUUUCUCCCGCCACUGGCUGCUUGUUUUAUCCGCCUUCUGUUAUUUUUAUAGACACAUACUAUCAUACUGCAUUGCAUUUUUCCUCCUCAACGUGCAGACCCAGCCCACCGCCCUCCUCUCCAGCUCUUUUGCGUGUCUCCUGCUGCGCGGUGUUUUGGAUGUGUCGGCCGGCUGCUGCAGCGGUGUUCGCGGCGCUGACCGCCUGCUGCCUCUGUUGCGCUCCGCUCCUGUGCGCGGCGGGGAGAAGCCAGCAGCUCAAUUACCGACCGGUCAUCGGUGUGUUGGCGCAGGAAAACCUCCCAGGAGACCAGUUUGCUCGUGGCUCCUCUUACAUUGCUGCAUCCUAUGUCAAAUACCUGGAGGGAGCCGGGGCAAGGGUCGUACCCAUCAGAAUCAAUCGCACAGAAGAAGAAUAUGCUAAGCUGUUCUACUCAAUAAAUGGGUUGUUGCUGCCAGGAGGAGAUGUGGAUAUUCAGACAUCGCAGUUCAGUCGAGCUGCCAGGAUCUUUUACAACUUGGCUCUGAAGGCGAAUGAUGCUGGCGACUACUUCCCUAUCUGGGGAACUUGUCAGGGCUUCCAGCAGCUGUCUGUCCUCACAGCCAACAAAAACCUGCUCACCCUCACUGAUACCAAGGCUGUGGCUCUACCUCUCGCUCUCACACCAGCGGCCCAGUCCAGCCGUCUGUUCCGGAGUUUUCCCAAGGAUCUGCUGCAGUCUCUGGCCGAAGAAAACAUCACGUCCAACUUCCACAGCUGGAGUCUGUCUAUGCAGAACUACAGCCGGAACGCCAAACUGAAGCGGUUUUACAAGGUCCUGUCUACGAACAAUGAUGGGAAGAAAGAAUUCAUCUCCACCAUGGAAGCCUACCGCUACCCAUUUUAUGCAGUGCAGUGGCAUCCAGAGAAAAGCCCCUUUGAGUGGAUAGAUAAGCCGGGCAUGGUUCACUCCACCGCUGCUAUAAGAGCCUGCUUCUACACUGCCAGCUUCUUUGUCUCUGAAGCCAUGAAGAACCAGCACCACUUCUCCAGUCCCGUUGAGGAGGAGGGAGCUCUCAUCUACAACUUCUCUCCUGUCUACAGAGGCAUCCACGCCGUCUUUGUGCAGAACUAUUACUUUGAUUGAUGGACAUUACUGAAGAUUGAAUCAGGCUCAAACUAGUCAGAAUUUGUCACUGGCAUCUUGGCCCACCAUAAAAACCGAACUUGACGGUGUUGUCACUUACACUAGCCUCAAACGUCAAGUCAAUAAUUUAGGGAUGCACCGAUUGGGAAAUAAUACAGAUGUUAUUAAAAUAACAAUUUGGCUGAUGCUGAUGGUUUUUUGUUGUCGUUUAUUUGGCCUUUUUUGCCAGAGAAACAAAGAAAUCUAUGAAAUUAAGCAUCACUGCCUUGUUGCAUUUAUUUUCUCAUCCGAGAUGUGAGACACAGAGCUGAACAGCCGCUCGGAGAUGAUUAUUUCUUCAAUAUCCGAGUUGUAAAUAACCAAUACAAAAUUUAGCCAACACAAAAUUGAUGCAACACAACAGAUAAACAUCAACCACUGAUAUCGGUCAAUACCACCUAAUUUGCCGACGUCAGUAAACAAGGCGAAUAUUCGAUACAGAAUUUCGACCGAUGUAUCGGUGCAUCCCUAUAACAAUUAGCUGUAUAGCUGAUUUGCUCAGUAAAAUGAAAUGCAAACAGGACAAUGAAAAAAUAGAAGAUGAAGAUGAAGAAAAUAAAACAAAAUAUUAUAUUAAAAAAUCUUUGCAGGAUUUUUAAGUAUAAUAUCAGAAAAAAAUAAAACAAAAUGCAAAUACUAAGACGUAUAAAUUUAAAAACAAGUACAAAUUUGAACAGAUUUAGGUAACAGUGAUCACUUCACACAUCAACCCUCCUCCCCAGCUCUUAUUAUGGGUAACUAAAAUCCAGGGUAACAGUGACAACUUUUAUUCUGCAUUUAUAAGAGGUUGCAGGAUUGUAUACAUUCAUAGGGUUCACUGGUUAAAGUCAAAUAUGAGUUUAAAUUUUGGGGCAACAAAACACGUUCGCAUCUGUCAGAUUUGAGUCUGGUGAAACUUAAAGUAAACUGUAUGAAGCCCAUCAAUAAACUGCCACACACUUCAUAUUAUUCCUAUGUUCUUAAAACGGUCUUCAGUUCACAUCUCUUUGCAGUGCCGCGAUUUUGCCAUGACAGCAGUAACAGUGUGGGGUCUAUGUUCUACCUGCAGAAUUGUAUAAGCUCAAUUAUGGCAAACUAAAUGAAAUUACACAAAACAUAAAAACACUGAUAAACACUUGGGAAGAAGAAUGAGAUCGAAAUUCCAAUUUUCAGGAUAUCCCUUUCAUCGCAGUUGUGUCUAAGAUACCCAUAGCUUUACUACUGAAUACCAUUUACAUUAAUAUGCACAUCAAAAAUAGCUGACAUCCAGAUGCUAUUAAAUUGCUUUACUGGAGACCUUUGCUGGUGUUUGCUGCUAUUAAAUUACAUUUGUAACCUAAAAUAAAUCAUAUGGGGAUUAACAGACUGAGUGAUCAGUGGCAGAGUUUUGCAGGACCACUUAAGUUGCCUUACAUAGGCCAAGUUUGUGUUCCCAGAUUAUUCAAUUCAAUUCAGUUUAAUUUGUAUAGUGCCAAAUCAUAGACUACAGGACCAAGGGUUUACAAAAUCACUGUCAUUUCUGUUUUGUGUAUUAGUUCCUACUCCGUUGAUUAGGUAUGAGGAUGUGUUGAUUCUGACGAAGGUGUAUGAAUGGUACUAAAAAAAACUUAAUUUAUUUCAACAACUUUACAUUACAGUUAUUAAUCUCACAAGGAAACAAAAUAAUAUUCAAAAUAAGUUGCGUCUUUCUUUUACUCACUUACAAAACAAGCACACGUGCUGCCAGAGCAAGAUCUCAUGGGAAAUGCAGUCCUAAUUCAGGAAAACAUUACCGCUUUUGUCCACAGGGGAAACCAAUAUCAACACAAAAUGAAAGAUCCUUGUAAUUACUUAAAGUAUAACCAGUCACCUAAUUUUACAAGCGUAAUGGCCACAGCCUGCGAGUCCACGUUUAAAUGUGGGUAACCAAUAAACACUGACUCUAUUCCCACGUUGUGUUUGAUCAUCAGCAAGAGGCUACUGAAGGUCAGUUAGACUGUGACAAACUGCUGUUUCAGUAUCAGUGUGAAGUAAUUAAUGUGGUUCUUUAACAUUCCUUCCGUAAAAAUGGAAACAUAUAUUUUGCUACUUGUAUUCCUUCUUUUUUUAUGUAUUGGCUUUAUUCUGCAGGACUGCACAACUUGUUUAUUCCUCAAUAUGUGGUACAGCAUUCAGUGUGUAUGCCUAUCAAGGAGAAAUUUCAUUACCAACUUAUCUUAUCAACAAUAACACAUAUGUAUCAGUAACUCACAAAAUGGACGAGUCUUAAGAGUUUAUCUUCACAACAUUUAAGCAUUUUGAUUCCUCGGCAGGAGAUGGAGUAUUUUGUAUGCUAACAUGCUAUCAGAGAAUGCCAAAUAUGACUAAAGAUCAGGUUUUUACAUUGAUUUUUUUUUUGUUUUACAGUUGGCAGAUGACAUGAUGAUUGAGUUUGUACAAAACAUUCACUUUAAACCUGAAAACAUUUUAGGUAUGAGGCUGUCCUUUGACACAACAUUGCUCUUCAUGGAAAAAGUGGAUUUUAUGGAUCUGUUCAUGAUUGUCUGAUUUUAAAAUGUAACCUUGGAUGUUUAAUUGUGUGAUGUCAUUGUGUGAGGAUGUGUUUAUAAUUUUUUUUGAGUUCCUUCAUCAUUCAACAUUAUAAAAUUAGUAUACCAAACCAAUAUGUUUUCCCCUUUUUUUUGCAGUCUGGUUUAAAAUGUUUGUUACCUAUAUUGCAACCCUGUACAGUGAAACAUUAUGUUGCAUUUAUUACAUUAUUCUUGCAGCAACAGAAAGCGUACAGUCCUCUAUUGCCAAAGUGAAAAUAUAUUUUCUUUUUUAUUGUGUAAUGAAACCAAAAAUAAUGAGUCGGUAAGUCCUACUUUGGAACAUUCUAUAUUUAAUUCAAUGCGGUGGCUUUGAAUACAUGCAUUGAUUGCACAACCGAUUGUACGAGUUUUCCUUGUUUGUUUGACCAUGUGCCAGAUGAUCAGACAAUAAAGAAAGCCAAUUAAACCUCAA